UUCAUAAAAAAUAUUUCAAUAAUUUCCCUUAAAAAUACAAUAAUUAAAUAAAUUAUGACAUUAAACAAUAUAACAACGACUAAUGGAGAUUGGAAUUCCCCAUACCCACCCAUAAUCCAGACUCUCGGAUGGUUUGUUGCUAGUGCACUUUCAUUGGGAACAAUCCUUGGCAAUGCUCUUGUUUUGUUUGCUUAUAAACUUGAAACUUCCAUUAGCAGACAACUAAACAAUCGUUUUAUCGUCUCGCUGGCUGUCUCCGAUUUAAUUAUUGGCAUUGAAGGCAUUCCAUUCUUCACAGUUUACGUUAUAAAUGGUGAUCUAUGGCCUCUUGGAAGGUUAGCUUGUGAGAUUUGGCUAUUUCUCGAUUAUACUCUCUGUCUAAUUUCCAUUUUAACUGUGCUUCUGAUAACAGUCUGCCACACAGCUUCCUACAUAAAAUGGCAAACACCUAUGCGUAUUCAAAUAUUAAUAUUUGGCUCGUGGAUAUUGCCCAGCCUAGUUUUUGGCCUUAUGAUAUUUGGAUGGCCGUUAAUGGGCAGCAUUGAAGACCAAAUACAAGCAACAUCUAACGGGGAGUGUUACGCUCCUUUUCUCGCUAAUCCAUUUGUAAACAUGAGUAUGUAUUUGGCUUAUUAUUGGACUACAUUGGUAGCUAUGCUAAUUUUAUAUAAGGGAAUUCAUAAAGCAGCAAAAAAGUUGGAAAAACGGAGCAAAGCUAGAGAGCAUAGACACAUUGCCCUUUUGUUAACUCAAAGAUUGGGUACUCAGGUCGGUGUAGGUCUAAUGCUUCACGCUAGGCGUUACCAAGAAGAAGCCCUAGCUAAAAAACAGCAGCAACCAACUAUCGAAAUUAAAGACAGUGGAUAUACUACAAACAAUACACUUUCCACAACAACAGAAACAACAGAAAGGAGAAGAAGUUCGUUUGCAAUUCUAGUCAAAGCUUCUCAUCGUUUUCGUGGCCGUGGAUUUAGUGUAUUUAAUUCAAAUGUUAAGGAGGAAAAUACAACAGUAAAUAACAAUAGACGACAUUUAAAAAUUCAAACACCACCUCAGCUUGAACGUCUUUCAGAGGAUAAUAAUAGCUUAGUCAAAACGGCAGUGGAAAUUAAUGCUAAAGAGGAGGAAAGGAAAUGUUGGUAG